AUGCACUCGAUCACUGCAAUUGAAGUUCUCAAACUGCGCCAGCUGCUGGCAGGCACCAAUGCCGAGGUCCUGAUCGAGGGCGAGCCUGGGUACGCCGAAGGCAUCAGGAGAUGGAGUGACACGUGCGAGAAGAAAGCCGGUGCUGUGGUUCUUCCCACCACUGCGGAGGAGGUGUCCAUCGCUGUAGUCUUUGCGGGCAACCACAAAAUCCCCAUGGUCGUUCACAAUGGCGGCCACUCUACCAGCGGAGCGUCCGCGACCGAGGGAGGCAUUGUGAUUAGUUUGACCAAGAUGCGCGGCGUGGUGGUCGACACCGAGCAAAAGACCAUCACGGCCCAGGGAGGCACCGUCUGGGAAGACAUCGACCGUGCGGCUGCUCCGUAUGGUCUGGCCACCGUCGGAGGCACCGUCAACCACACCGGCGUCGGAGGCCUGACUCUGGGUGGUGGCUAUGGCUGGCUGACAGGGCGCUACGGCCUGACCAUCGACAACCUGCUGGGUGCGACCAUCGUACUGGCUGAUGGCCGCAUUGUGAAGACCUCCGAGAGCGAGAAUGAGGAUCUUUUCUGGGCCAUUCGGGGUGCUGGCCAGAACUUUGGCGUCACCACCGAGUUCAUCUUCCAGGCCUACGACCAGAAGAACGCCGUCUAUGCGGGUCUAUUGAGCUGGCCGGCCUCCUGCCUGCCUCAGAUCAUCGAGUUUGUCAACCACUUCGAGGACGACACGAACACGGGCGACAUGGGCAUUUUCUUCGGCUUUUGCGGUGCCAUGCCCGCAGGGCGCGUCAGUAUCGUGGCCGCCAUCUUCUACAACGGCCCCCAGGACGAGGCCGAGAAGUACUUUGCCCCGAUCCUGGAGCUGGGGCCUGACAUCAACACGGCCACAAUGAUGCCCUACGAGAAGUUGAACAGCAUUCAGAACCCCAUCGCCACAUACGGAGGUCGCAAGUCGUUCAGCGGGGCCUUUGUCAAGCUGCCCCUGCAAGUGGACUUCUUCCAGGAGAUCCUGGAGGACUACGCCACGAUGAUCCAGACCUAUGACGGGACCAGUGCCACGGCGGUCCUCUUCGAGCUGGUGUCUCACAAGAAGGCCAUCCUGGUGCCCAAGGACAGCAUGUCCUACACCACCCGAGGUGCCUGGUACAACGUGGGCUGUGCCUUCCGCUGGGAAGACCCCAGCCUGGACAAGACGAUGCGCGAGAUGCAACGGGCUCUGAUGCGCAAGGUGGGCGAUCGUGCGGGUGCCGGGGCGCAUGCCCGGGCAUAUGCCAACUACUCCCACAGCGAUGGGCGUGCGAAGGAUGUGUAUGGAGCAAACCUGCCCCGUCUGCAGAUGUUGAAGAAGAAGUACGACCCGGAAAAUGUGUUCAAGAAGUGGCUGAACCUGCUGCCCGAGGAGGAAAACACGAAGUAG